AUGGAUAACCGGAUGCACCCGCACCAGACACCCCCGCCCGGUCAUCCAGCGCAACAUGGAUACCAGCUAGACGAUAUACCGUACGGCCAACACCCAGCUGCGAGCAACCUCGACAUUCCCGGUGGACCGGGCAGAUAUACUCCAGGCGAUCAGCUUCCUCUCAACGCCGCCCACUCGAUGAGUGACCUCUCGCAAACCCCUUACGGUGCCGGGCAAGGCUACCACUCUGACUACUCAGUCAACCCGGAGCAGCACCACGACGCCUAUUACAACCAACCAUACGAACCCCAGCCCACGAACACGCCUUUCGGCGACCAGGCGGCCUAUGACUAUGACGACCAGAGACCAAUGCUUGCCCAGAACGACUCAUACGCGCAUGGCGGCCAACCACCGGAGAGCUACAGCGACGAUCCGCGCCAACAGCAGCCUGCCGCGCCUAUCAAGAGGUGGAAGACGGUGAAGCAGGUUCUUUUGUACAAUGGAAAUUUGGUUCUCGAUUGCCCCGUACCGCCGAGACUUCUGAACCAGCUCCCACACGGCGAACGUGACGAGUUUACGCAUAUGCGUUACACAGCAGCUACCUGCGAUCCCAACAAUUUCUACGAUGAGAGGUUCACAUUGCGCCAGACGCUGUUCAGCAAGAAACGGCACACUGAACUAUUCAUCGUCGUUACCAUGUAUAACGAGGAUGAUAUUCUCUUCGCCAGAACCAUGAUUGGUGUGCUGAAGAAUGUCGAAUUCAUGUGCAGCCGGAAAGACAGCAAGACGUGGGGGCCCGAUGCCUGGAAGAAGAUCGUUGUUUGCGUCGUGAGCGACGGACGGUCCAAAAUCAACCCAAGGACGAGGGCACUACUAUCCGGUAUGGGUGUCUACCAAGAAGGUAUCGCCAAGCAACAAGUCAACGGCAAGGAUGUUACCGCCCACAUCUACGAGUACACAACACAGGUCGGUAUGCAAAUCAAGAACGAUGUGGUACAAUUGAUCCCCAAGAAGCAACCCGUGCAGAUGCUCUUUUGCUUGAAGGAGAAGAAUCAGAAGAAGAUCAACUCCCACAGAUGGUUCUUCAAUGCGUUUGGUCCGGUUCUCAACCCCAACAUCUGCGUUCUGAUCGACGCUGGCACCAGACCAGGGGGCAACUCCAUCUACCACCUCUGGAAGGCAUUCGAUCUCGAGCCCAUGUGCGCUGGAGCCUGUGGUGAGAUCAAGGCAAUGUUGGGCACCGGUGGUAAACACCUGCUCAAUCCCCUUGUUGCAACGCAGAACUUCGAGUACAAGAUGAGCAACAUCCUCGACAAGCCCCUCGAAUCAGCUUUUGGCUUCAUCUCCGUCUUGCCCGGUGCCUUCUCGGCAUAUCGCUAUAUAGCUUUGCAGAACGACAAGAACGGCCUAGGUCCGCUUGAAAAAUACUUCAAGGGCGAAACACUCCACGGUGCUGGUGCUGGUGUUUUCACCUCCAACAUGUAUCUGGCUGAAGAUCGAAUCCUCUGCUUCGAGCUUGUCACCAAGCGAAAUUGUCAUUGGAUCUUGCAGUACGUCAAGUCGGCGACAGGAGAGACAGAUGUGCCAGAUACCGUCACGGAGCUCAUCUUGCAGCGUCGUCGGUGGCUCAAUGGGUCGUUCUUCGCCGCCAUCUACGCCAGUGCACACUUCUACGAAUUCUUCCGGUCCGACCACUCUAUCUUGCGCAAGCUGAUGUUCUUCAUCGAAUUCGUUUUUCAGACGAUCAACAUGAUAUUCGCUUGGUUCGGCAUUGGCAAUUUCUUCCUGGUAUUCAAGAUUUUGACGACGAGUCUGGGACAAGAUUCGCUUCUCGGCGAAGUGGGUGUCAUCCUCGGAGUGGUCUUUGAAUGGUUCUAUGGCAUCUCUCUGAUCGCCUGCUUCGUGCUCUCUUUGGGCAACCGCCCUUCGGGUUCCGGAAAGCUAUACACGGCUAUGGUGCUCUUCUGGUGCAUCAUCAUGAUCUACCUAACCUUCGCUGCCGUCUUCAUUACUGUCAAAGCUGUUCAGUCGCAGAACCUGGAGGGCUUCAGCAUUAGCGACAUCUUCAACAACAAGCUUUUCUUCUCCCUGAUUGUCUCCUUGCUGUCGACAUACGGCCUGUGGCUUAUUGCGUCGCUCAUGAUGUUCGACCCCUGGCACAUGAUCACCUCAUUCCUGCAGUACCUACUUCUGACUCCGACAUACGUCAACGUUCUGAAUGUUUAUGCGUUCUGCAACACGCACGAUAUCUCGUGGGGUACGAAGGGUGACGAUAAGCCGGACGAGCUACCCACAGUCGACACCAAGGACGGCAAGGGUAAGACCGAUCUGCCGGAUGAGGGAGACUUGAACGCGCAAUACGAGAGGGAGUUGAGCGUCUUCGGCAAGAAGUACGUCGAACCCAAGACGCCCAAGACCGAUGCCCAGAAGGCUGAAGACCAAAUGGAUUACUAUCGUUGGAUCCGCUCUCUGGUCGUCUUGAUCUGGAUGAUUACGAACUUUGGUCUCGUCGCUUUGGUUCUUAGUACCGCCGGGCUCGAGAACCUCAACCCCGAUGCGCAGAAAGAGCAGGACGAUUCCCGUGCGACACUUUACAUGACCAUCAUCCUGUGGAGUGUCGCAGGCUUGAGUGCCUUCAAGUUCAUCGGCGCAUUGUGGUUUUUGAUAGUUCGCAUGUUCAGGGGCGUCUAG